ACCUUUCAAACUGCCAAGACGGCGUUGGUUCGAAACCCCCCACUGCCACCGAACCUCUCGUUUUUCCUUUUCAUUUCAUUCUUUCCUACCAUACGGGAAUAUUCCCCCGUUGCGUUCCGCCUCCAAAUAACAACCCCGCAUCAGCAAGCAUACACUUUUCUUCGGUUUUGGAAUUCCAUUUCUCAGUGUAUCCUUACUAUAUACCUCAUCACAUAAUACAAAGCACUACUAUACCAACAUGUCUUCUGCCACCUGUCUCUUCUGCAAGAUCAUCAAGGGUGAUAUCCCUUCCUUCAAGCUCUUCGAGAGCGACAAGGUCUUUGCUUUCCUUGACAUCCAGCCUCUGAGCCGUGGCCAUGCGCUCGUGAUCCCUAAGUUCCACGGCGAAAAACUCACCGAUAUCCCCGACGAGUACCUCAACGAGGUCUUGCCCGUCGCAAAGAAGCUCGCGCAAGCUGCCGACGCAAAGGACUUUAACGUCCUCCAGAACAACGGCUCGAUCGCCCACCAGGUCGUUCCACAUGUUCAUUUCCAUAUGAUCCCCAAGCCCAAUGAGAAGGAGGGUCUCGGUGUCGGCUGGCCCGCCAAGGAGACGGACAUGGACAAGCUCAAGGCUCUCCACGAGGAACUCAAGUCCAAGAUUUAGAUGCCACAAUGACUGUGUAUAAUCCGUACCGUGUCACUAAACCUGAUUUGAAAGCGUCGGGUGGGAUUUGUAUCACGUAUCUCCAGGUGACACCGCAUCUGAUAUAUAUCCUUGGUCAAUAAAAGAUUACAUUAACUUUUCGUGUAAGCCACGGCUGGCUUAGUCUGGUGUAACCCGUGCAGAAAGGAGAGCAAAAAUGUUGUUCUUUGAGCUGUGGCAACUAAGCGGGUCCUUUCGUUCUGGAGCGGGCAACCCUUAGGUUCGGAUUCGAUUUCAUCUGAUAAAUGGACGGUUUCAUUGAGGUGCUCCUUUGGCAGGUAUUACUGCGUCU